CUAACGAGCGCCAUUCCCCCCUCCCCGUGGCAGCGGAUCAAGGAGGGCAGCGUCAUCGACCGCGUGCCGCUGAUCGGCGUCGGGGACAUGAUUGAGGCCAUCAACGGGCGCAGCCUGGUGGGAGCGCGGCACUACGAUGUGGCACGGGCACUGAAGGAGCUGCCACGAGGGAGAACCUUUGCCCUACAGCUCACCGAGCCCAGAAAGGCCUUUGGUGGGCAGGGGAGGGGAUGGGGAGUUCUGGGAGGGGGGGGGGGGUGAGGGACCCUGGGGACCCUCCCUAACAUCACCCUGCUGUCCCACCCCCAUCAGCCCAGCGCCUUCGAGGAGCGCGCCAUCGCCAAGGUGGAUGAUCUGCUGGAGAGCUACAUGGGCAUCCGCGACACCGAGCUGGCUGCCACCAUGGUGGAGCUGGGCCGUGAUGCCCGCGACCCCGACGCUCUGGCGCAGGCCCUGGACGCACAGCUCGGGGACUUCGCCUUCCCGGAUGAGUUCGUCUUUGACGUCUGGGGGGCCAUCGGGGACGCCAAGGCGGGGCGAUAA